UAAAAACUAAAAGUUUCAGAAUUUUGAGGUUACGUUUAAACUUUAUCACAGAUUAAUUAUUUAAACUACUUUAUUUCCAAAUUAAAAUCUCAUCUCGUUUGUUUUUAUUGUGAUUUUUAUCUUCUUCCUUACAUAUGUUUGUUAUUGUUUUAUGCAUGGAUUACUCAGUGCUUAGCAAUAUAUUCAAAGUUAAUGCUAUCUUCAUUUAAAUUUUUAUUUGUAAAAAAUGUCUAAAGUCAAUAGGAGAAAACAUGUCAUGAACGAAGCUUAUUGGGACGACUACGAAAUGCCUAAAGAAAAUCAAAGCAUUGUUAAAGUUUUGAAGAGUAGAGGAAAUAACCUUCAUGAGAUAACAACACCAAACGGAGAAGAAUAUCUGGUGUCAAUGCCAACAAAAUUUCGCAAGAACAUAUGGGUGAAACGUGGCGACUACAUACUUGUGGAACCAAUUGAAGAGGGUGACAAAGUUAAAGCGGAAAUAGUUAAAAUAAUGAACAAGGACUCUAUUAAAUAUUACAAAGAGAACAAUGUAUGGCCUAAACAAUUUGAUGACAGUAAAAAACACGACAACGAUGACGAGAAUGAUUUAUUCGUAAACACAAAUAGGGCUCAUAUGAAACAUUAUGACAGUGAAAAUGAUUCUAGUGAUGAAAGUGACAGUGAUAGUGACGGCGAUAGUAAUAAAUAAUUAUAAAAAGUU